AGAUUGGAGUCAAUAAUAGUUAAUGGAUAUGAGAUCCUAAUUUCUUAAGUUGUUGCCACUAGAAUAUAACUUAUGCCGAAAAAUAAAGCAAAGAAAGGGAAGGGGAGAGGCUUCCAUGAUAAAGGAAUGAAUAAUGACCCAUUGAAAGGUGAUGGUGGGAACUUACAAGAAGAUGAUUGUCUAAGUGAAGCAAGCAGUGUUACAACUGCCAAUAGUGAUCAACUCACAGAAGAAAGUGUCACAAGUGAUGGAGUUGAUGGAACAUCUUUGGAAGACAUAGAAAUGAAACUGAAGGAAGCCAUUGAAGGAUUAUCAGAAAAAACAGCAAAAUAUAGACAAGGUUGUUUAUCAGAAAUAAAGAAAUUCUUCUGCACGACGUGGUUGGUUGAUUUCCUUGAGAAUUAUCGCGAAACUUUAUCAGACGCUUUGGAACGAUGUUUAAGAAAAGGCAAGGGAGAAGAGCAAGCAUUAGCUGCUGAGGUUGUAGCUCUCCUUUGUGUUCAGUAUGGAGCCCAAGGGGACGGGGAAGAUGUAUUCACUCAUUUUAAACAAAUAUUAACCACGAUAAUUUUAGACAAAUCCGCAUCGCUGGCAGCGAGAUCUAAGUGUUGUCUUGUGCUUGGAAUCCUGGCUUUCCUCGCUUCAGACGACAUGGGGCAAGUCCUGCUAUGCAUGGAAACAUUCGAUGCUGUAUUUCGCGGAUCAUUCUUAAAAGGAGACAAGACCGUCCCCACUCUCACUCCCGCUCAGUCAGAUCUCCACGUCAAUGCAUUGUCUUCAUGGGCGUUACUGUUGUCCAUUACACCAUGGCUAAAAGUGCAAGAAUUUGCGGAAAAGAGAUUACCCCGACUGCCGGAACUUAUGCAAUCUAACCAUGUCAUGAUGAGAAUAACAGCGGGUGAAACGAUUGCUCUCUUCUUUGAAAUAUGCAGAAGUGAGGAAUCUGAGGGCUUGGCAUUACACCUGGUAUCGAAGAAAGAACUAGUUGAUGAAUUAUCGCAACUUGCAACUGACAGCAACAAGUUUCGUGCGAAGAAAGACAGAAGACACCAGCGAUCAAGUUUCCGGGAUAUUUUAAGAGCAGUGCAGAACGGUGAAUCCCCUGACGACAUGAUAAAGUUUGGUAGUGAAGUUUUAUACCUGGAUACUUGGACAACUAAACGACAAUAUUCAAAUCUAAAGGAAAUCUUAAAUACGGGCAUGAACUUCCAUUUAAAAGAAAACUCUUUGCUUCGUGAUAUUUUUCAACUUGGGCCAGCUUUACUUGAUUCAAACCGAAAUACCAAAGGGUCUCAUUUUGAAAGGCAUUUAUACAACCAAGCAGUCUUCAAAGCAAGAAGUAAAGCUAGAGGAAAACAAAGAGACAAGCGGACUGGUUUCGGUACGUGAAGGUGACAUUGUUACAAUGUGCGUAGACUCCAAAUACUUUUGCCUUUUUACUGCGACGCACAUUCGUUAAUUUAAAAAAAACGAUAAAAUUUUAAAAGUUAUCAAAAGUCACUAAAUAUGCGGAGAUAUAUAUCGUUAGAGAAAUAUGCAUGGGGGAAUGUUAGAGUUAUUCUCAGUGGUUUAUUGUGUAUUUAAUGCAGGAAUAUUUACACACAUUUGCUAUAAUUAAAAUGAAAUGAAAAUUUAUGCAUUCGGCCUGUUUAUAGUUUCAAUGUCUUUGCACCAAAGGAUACCUCUUAUGUGUUAGGAUUUUACCAUGCAUAUGUAAAAUUUAAAUCUGACUUACCAAAAAAUAUAAUUUUAACUGCUUUGCUGGUAUACUUAAAAAAAUUAACUAAUUUUUUGUCGAACUAUUUUGCCUCAGAAGUAAAAAGCUAAGUUUGGAUUUUUUUUUUGUGCAUCAUACUUUUGCCUUUUCUUCUGGUAUUUUAUAUGGGUGAGGUCCUUUGGUGAGGCACACCAGGGAUCUGGGAUUUGAGCCAGAAUUGCCCAUCACCCAUAUUUUUCUGGUAAUGCUUCAGCUGGUGAAGUGGUUUGUUCUAGGCAAUUAGAUGUGGUUUACUUGUGAUGCAUAUCUUGUGCAUCUGUAUUUCGUUUGUUACCCGUAUAAUGCAGUGAUUCAACUUUGUGACUAAAUAUUUCAGUUUACUGUGGGCGAUAGAUUUCGGUUAAAUAAAUUAAAUUGCGGGUAAA